GAUAUGAUCUGUUGAAACGGAAUUGGUUAGAUCGGCAUAUAUUGCUGGCAUAAUCUGACAGGAAAUUGUGAUAACAAGUUUCAGCACUAAUUUCUGAUUUUAAAUUAGUUCUUUAAUUCUGAAGAUGUCAAAGUUGAAUUACAAGGAGCGUUAUGGUUGCCGACGGCUGUUAGAGAUGAUGACAAAUGAUGACAUAUCCUCACUUCGAUUUACUAUCACUAACAAAAAGAAGGAUCUUUUCGAGAGCACAUCAGAAUCAAUUGAUGCCAUCCUUUCAAACACAGAGAAUACAGAGUCAUUCCUGAAACGCAGGAAAGUUCAACGUGACUUCAUAUUCAAAUACCUGACGGAGGACGAGGGGGUUGUGAUACCCAAAAACAGCAACAAAGACCAGCUAGUGAAGAAGGCCCUUGACGUCUGGACUAUUGAGAAGGUGAGUCCACAAGCGUAUGAAGAUGUCUCCUUCAGUGCUUUAACAAGAGCAGCAGGUUCUCAGAUAGGAAUGAGGUUUCCAACAGCACAUGUCCCCCCUCAACCUGUCUACUCUAAGCCGCACUACACAUCCCAGAUGUUGGACCUUCAAAGCCCAGCAGAUGAGACCAAUCCAGGACCAGCUGUGACUAUUGUGAGACAAAUUGAGACUAGUUUGAGACCAAUUGGUCUGAGAACAAGUGAGAGUGUCUCUGUUUCCUCUGAGGCGACAUAUAGUGCUGGCUUUGACCACCUGGCCUUGGCCAGACAGUUUUGUCAGUGGUUCUUCCAGCUUCUCAACAGUCUGAACCCCUCCCUGGGUCAGCCUCCUCAGGAGUGGGGACCACAACACUUCUGGGAGGAUGUGAGGCUACGUCUUCUCUCCAGCGCCGGAGAGCAGUAUACAGAAGAGUACGAAGGAGCAGCAAUGACCAGCCUGCGUCUCCUGGCCCUGGCGAGGGACGAGAGGCUGCUAUUGAGCCCCAACCUGGAGCCUGGUGGUCUGAAGGCCCUGUCCUCCGCCCACGGCCUGGUGCUGGUGGCUGUGGCAGGGACCAUCCACAGAGACAGAGAAUGUGUCGGCAUUUAUGAGCAGGCGUUUGGCCUCAUACGCUCCCCACUGGACCAGAACAAAUGGAAGAUCAAGUUCAUGGUCUUGAAGGUGAGGGGCCAGGAGGCUCUCAGGGUGGGAGAGAACCUGCUGUCUCCAAUAUUAACAUGGGAUUCCAACGACCUGCAGCUCCUCUGUAGAUGAUGGGGGACCUGGUGUGAUCGUCAGCAGGAGUCUUCAACCGAGGGUCCGCAGGUCUGGAUCCUAACUAUGGAGACAUUUUAAAUAUGAUUUAGCUUUAUAAAAUGGUACAGUAAAUUAAUUAUCAUGUAAUGCUUCAUAAGUUGCCUACUUCUAGGUUUAUUCAUUGUCAGAAAAUUACUAUUUAACUGUUCUCUAGUUUGGUACAUUUUUCCCCAGCUAAUCAAUCAUGAUACUGUAAUUGACCUCAGUAACCUCUGAUCUAUUUAUUCUAAUUAUUUGUAGCCUUUAUUUAGGAAUCGAGUCAUUGAGACCAAAAUCAAUUUUUUUCAAGGGAGUCCUGCAUAGAUACACCUUUUACAUUAUAUCUACAAAGUCCAAAAGCUGUGAAAACAAGGCCACCACUACCUUUUUAAUUUGUGUUCUUUCACUCUCAAUCUCUCUCCGCCGCGCUGUCCUCUCUCACUCUGUGUGAGAGUGUAGCCCAUAGACCUGGCUCUGUGUGAGAGUGUAGCCCAUAGGCCUGGCUCUGUGUGAGAGUGUAGCCCAUAGGCCUGGUUCUGUGUAGUAGGGUAGAGAAUGCAGCAGUGACUCUGUGAUUUUGGUUGGAAAUGUUACAUGUGGGUUAUUCUUGGCAUUCGCAUCAAAGGAAAGCUAGUUAAUAUCUGUCUCUGUAGGUCAGGGCUCUGCACUUUACUGGGCCAUAGUUGUGGCAGAGGAAACCACCACGGCCAUUGUUCUCUGGCUGUUCAUCUCACAGAAAGAAUAAUAAUAAGUUGCCCGCCUCCUGCCUUUAUGGCACUUGGCUUCCCUCCAUUUAAUUAGGGAUUUGGCCCAUGGAAUGGCUCUGACGCAGAGCUUAAAAGAUACCUUUCCAAAACGACACAUAUUUGUUUCGUAAAGACCCUACUUAGUAUUUCCCACCACACUUUAGCUGAGACAGUUAUUAAAGUUCUCUCUACUGCCCAAUAUUCUCAACAUACCAGUAUCAAUUAUUAGUCUUUAAAAAAGUGAUUUGUUUUCAUAUAUUACUUUUAGCCUUUUCUUGUUGGCAUAAAAAAAGUGUGCAUUGAUAAAAAGUCCAUAUAUUUUGAAUGAGUUAUCCACAUUGCAAUGUUUUGAAUGGUUUCCUCAUUACCAUACUAACAUGACGUCAUAAUUUGUGCUGCUAGCAGAAUUCUAGUCAUCAAGUUGCUACGGAAAGUUUCACCACCCAUUUCUGAUUUUAAAUGAGCUCUUUGUAGUUUUGAAGAUGGCAGGAUUGAAUUACAAGGAGUGUUAUGGUUGCAGACAGCUGUUGGGGAUAAUGACAAUGCAUAACAUAUCCUCACUUUACUGUCACAAACAAAAAUAUGGAUAUUUUUCGAGAGCACAUAAGGCAGGGUCAGUAGUUAAGCUUAGUUUUUUUCUUGGUCAUUAAAGCUGGAAUACUUAGUAUCUGUAUCCAUUUUUGACUUAUAAAUGAAUUGUAUCCAUUGUUGAAGAAUAUAACGCAGGUAGCCUAGUGGUUAGAGUGUUGGGCCAGUAACCGGAAGGUUGCUGGGUUGAAUCCCCGUGCCGACAAGGUAAGAAUCUGUCCUUCUACCUCCGAGAAGGGAACCCACUGUUCCCCAGGCACCGUGGAUGUCGAUUAAGGCAGCCCCCCGCACCUCUGAUUCAGAGGGGUUGAGUUAAAUGCUGAAGACACAUUUCAGUUGAAUACAUUCAGUUGGACAACUGACUAGGUUGCCCUUCCCCACCAGAACCCAAAAUAUAAUCUUAUUUUACUCCAAUGUUUAUAAACACAAACAAAUACUCUAUAGCCUCAACUUGGUUAACAACUAUAAUUUUGAUGUCAUAAGGUGGUCAGUCUUUGCAUCCAUAGCUCUAUGAAUUUGAGAGUGGGUUUGAGGACCUUUUUACUGAUGAUUGUGUUUUGCUUUUCAUGUAUUGACGUGUAUAUUGAUGUCUAUUAUUGAUGUGUAUAGUGUGUGUUGAUGUGUAUGCAGGGCUCAUCUGUAAAAUAGACCUUGUUCUCAUCAUGACUUCUUGUUGAAGGUUGAAUCAAAACAAGUAAAUGAUGAGAGGCUGUAUGGUGGAACAUCAUCCUUUCUGCCAAACUGGUGAAACCGAAGUUUAUUCUUUAGAUAUAGUAAAACGUAUCCUGUGUCUGUUUUUAA